AUUGUGGGUCACUCUCAUCAUGUUGAUGUUGAAAUAUUAAAUUAAAUGGGGGAAGGAUGAAAGAAGCCAGUGAUUGCCCCUCCUCUUUAGGCAACUUAGAGGCCCUUCAAUUAUUAUAAAUUAAAGAAAUAGGUGCAAAGAACCCCAGAAAAAAAAGUUCUAAUUAUGUAAAUUAAUUGUCUUUUUCUUCACACAAGGUGAGUGAAAUUGAGGUUGGAGGUGUAAAUGAGCAAAUGCAAGUAGGGUAUUGCUGGGACCAGCUUAGCUGACCCCAUCUCAUCUUCUGCAAUUUGGAUAAAUCCAUCUACAUCAUUCAUCAUUUCCAUUAUUUGCCUACUUCCUUGUCCGCAUUUCACAUGACUCCAAUUGUUGAGUUAUAGUUCAGUAACCUUUCAUUCCACCCCCUCUUUGUUCGGGAUUUCAUGAAUCUGAUUGGAGGUAGCCGCUAGUCACCGCAUCACCGGUCAGCGCUGAUUUUUUUUUUUUUGAGUCUGCACCUUUCUUGUUUAUGAAUCUUGUCUGAAACACCUGUAUCUCACUGCCCUAUAUCCUAGUUAGUUAUUAACACAGCCGAAGUAAGUUAUAUUAUCUUUUAUUUCCUAGUACUGGAUCCUGUGCUUUUGAAGCCCACAUUGGUCUGGCUGUUGCUUCAAUUGCCUAAACCUCAACUGUACUGGCUGAAUGUUUGAGAGUAGAUUCAAACAAGAUUAGAUGACUGUAGACGAAAAGGGCGAUAGCAGUUUUUGGAGUAGAGAGCAGGAUAAGGCAUUUGAGAAUGCAAUUGCCACUCAUUCUGAGGAUUUGGAAGAUAAUUGGGAAAAGAUAGCCGCAGAUGUGCCUGGGAAGACCUUAGAAGAGGUCAAGAAUCACUAUGAGCUUCUAUUUGAGGAUGUAAAGGAGAUCGAGGCUGGUCGUGUUCCGUUGCCUUCGUAUAGUUCUUCUUCAGAGGGAUCUUCAGGUCUUGCUGCUGAAGAAGGAAAUGGUGGGAAAAAGGGUCAGUUUGCUAAUGCAGGUAGUGAACCCAAUCAAGGCAGCAAGGCAUCAAAGGCGGAUCAGGAACGCCGGAAGGGGAUUGCUUGGACAGAGGAUGAACACAGGCUAUUUCUUCUUGGCCUGGAAAAAUAUGGAAAAGGUGAUUGGCGGAGUAUAUCUCGGAACUUUGUGGUAACAAGAACACCAACACAAGUGGCAAGCCAUGCUCAAAAGUAUUUCAUUAGGUUGAACUCUAUGAAUAAAGAUAGGAGAAGAUCGAGCAUUCAUGAUAUCACCAAUGUGAACUCUGGGGAUGUUUCAGCAUCCCAGGGGCCAAUUACUGGUCAGGUAAAUGCACCUGCAUCUGGGACUGCGCCUGGAAAAACUGAAAAACUGGUUGCUCAGCCCCCUGCUGCUCCUUCAGGAGUGGGUAUGUAUGGCACUCCAACUAUUGGACAACCAAUUAGUGGGCCAUUGGUUUCUGCUGUUGGGACUCCGGUAAAUCUUCCACCUCCUCACAUGGCUUAUGGUGUGCGGGUACCAGUGCCUGGGUCAGUAGUCCCUGGAGCCCCUAUGGGCAUGGCUCCUUUGACGUAUCCGAUGCCGCACACCUCUGCUCAUAGGUAAGAUAAUUGAUGAUCAACUAUAUUAGAUGUACAAAUGGAAAGGAAAGAAAAGUUUGCUUUCCCCCAUGUUUGGGUGGGUAAUGGGUUUUUAUUUUCUGAAAUGAGUUAGAAUAUGGUUGCCUUGCCUGGGAAUACUAGUUGUACUGAGGAACCUUGGUCACUCAAAAAUAUCAUUCUUAUACAAACCUAAAAUAAUUCAUAGGGAGGUGAAACUAUGCAGUCUUCUUUAGUUUAAUUUUUAUAGGCAGCUGUGGUAGGAUAUUGCUGCUCUUAGGGGGAACGACAUUAUCGUUCCCUAGUUUAUUACAAAGAUUGUCGUGCUAUAAUUUAGCAGCUAAUUAGUGCAAGUAGUGUAGGAGCUUCUCUUAGCCAAUGUUCAUCUGUGGAUUGUUUUUUUUAUAAAUCCUUUGAGCUGUUUUCAUUUAAGACCUCUUUUAUUUGUAAUUGGACUUUUUGCAAGCAGUUCUUGUGCUGUGUUUUUACAUCACCCGAUAACUGCAGAAGAAAUGGCUACAUGUUGCUAUGAUAAAUUUGUUACUCGUAUUUUUUA